AUGGCAGCCCCCCGCCCCCCACCCGUGAUCUCCGUCUCUGUCUCGGCGCCCGCCCUCUAUGCCCCGCAGAAGAAGUUUGCCCCGGUCGUGGCCCCCAAACCCAAAGUGAACCCUUUCCGUGCCGGGGCUACGGAGAACCCUUCAGGGCCCAGGGCCCAGAGGGCGCAGAUGGGCAAGGUGGGAGAGAUUCCUCCCCCACCCCCGGAAGAUUUCCCCCCGCCACCACCUUCAUUGCUACCUGGGGACAAUGGAGAGGCUUCUCUGGGAGGACCCUUCCCACCACCCCCUCCCCCGUUUGAGGAACCAUUCCCCCCUGCUCCAGAAGAAGAGAUAUUCCCUUCCCCUCCACCUCCUCUGGAAGAAGUGGGAGUUGAACCUCCAGCACCAACCCAUCAGUCCAGAGGAGAGGUGAGCAGCGUUGACCUGGAGAUGGAAUCUCUGUCCUCCCUGUUAGAUGACAUAGCCCGGAACGAUCCCUUCAAGCCCAGGGUUUCAUCUGGAUCUGUGCCUCCCCCAGCUGCCCCCCAAUUCCCUCCCAAGCCAACUGUCCCAUCUGCAGCUUCCAGCACAGCACCUCUUCCUCCUUGGUUGGCUCCUACUAGUCCUCCUCAGUCCCACUCUGUAUCUGUAUCUAAGACCUUAAGCACACAGCCUCCAGGUCCUCCAGCUCCAGCUCCUCCUCUGGCUUCAGCCCCAGCUGCAGCUAUUUCUGUAGUUCGACCUCCAGCCCCAGUCUUAACCUCAGCCCCCACUCCUACCCCCAAGGUUAAUGCUGUGGCUUCCAAAUUCCCUCCUGGGACCCCUAAGUUUAGCCCUCCAGCACCUGGGGGUCCCCCUCAUGAGAAGGGGGGUCCUUACCCCCCCACUGCUACAGGAUCCCCUCAACAGCCCCAGCCUCCCAGCUUCAUCUAUGCUCAACAAAUAGAGAAGACCUGUGUUCAGCAGAAACAACGUCCAGUCCCCCCUCCUGCCCAGGACCAGGUGCACCCUCCUGGGGCCCCAGGACCUCUGACUCUUUGGGAGGUAGAAGAGCUGGAAGAAUUGACACAGCAGCUAAUGAGGGACAUGGAGCAGCCAUACAAUAACAAGCUCCCCACCAAUGAAUACUGUGGUCAGGGCCACCAGGCCCUGGUACGUUCCCAGACUGCGGUCCGUGCACUAGGGAGUCUUUUCCACGUCACGUGUUUCACAUGCCACCAGUGUGAGCGGCAGCUGCAGGGGCAGCAGUUCUAUAUCCUUGAAGGGGCACCUUACUGUGAGCAGUACUAUGAGGAUACCCUGGAGAAGUGUAGCACAUGCGGACAGCCUAUCACUGAGCGGAUGCUGAGAGCCACAGGCCGGGCUUUCGAUCCCCAGUGCUUUACCUGUGUGGUCUGUGCCUGCCCUCUGGAAGGGCGCUCCUUCAUCGUGGACCAAACUAACCGGCCCCACUAUGUCCCUGAUUAUCACAGGCAGUAUGCCCCACGCUGCUCUGUCUGUGCUGAACCCAUCAUGCCUGAACCUGGCCAAGAUGAGACUGUACGAGUGGCAGCUCUUGACAAAAACUUCCACAUGAAAUGUUACAAGUGUGAGGACUGUGGGAAACCCUUGUCUAUUGAGGCUGAUGAGAAUGGUUGUUUUCCUCUGGAUGGACAUAUAUUGUGUCAUCACUGCCACACAACCCGAGCCCAGACAUGA